AGAGAGAAAGAGAGAGAGAGAAACUAUUGAACGUCUCAGAAGUACCGAGCAAUGGGAAGGCUGCAAUUAAUCAGACUCCAGCUUCAGAACGGAGAUUUCAAAGCACCUCCCUCUCUACCUGAGGAACUAAUCUGUUAAUCUGAUUAUUGGUUAACUCUGAGGUGAGGCUUUCUUUCUAACUGUGACAAAUGUUUUGCUUUUGCUCUCUCUGGUCAACGUGGAGGCAGGUAAAAGCUCCAAAAGUAUUUGCACAAUGAAAGCUUGACUCGUUUUUCUCUCUCUCUCUCUCUCUGUGUCGAGGUAAAGCAAUUCUGAAGAAAUCUGCGAAAGAGAAAUUUGUAUCAGAACUUCCUCCUCCUGUUUGCUGUCAGUGAUCUUGAACUGGUCGGUGUUUCGUUCAGCAAAACCUUGAAGGAAAAGAUAUUUCUUUCUUUCUCCUCUGACUAUUUGGAGGACUCCUUUUUUUCCCUUGGGGGUAAAAAAAAACCAGAUUCCUCCCACAGAAAUCAGGAAGAGAAACUGGUUUCUGUGCAGUGUGUGCGUUCUCUACCCCAAGUUCAGACAUGCACCUGCAGAAGACAGUGGAAAUCAGAAAUGCCAGUGCUACCUGCCUCGACUGCCUAAGCUUGGAUUGGAAAACCUUCUAACUAGUGCCAGGGAAUCUUUGCGACCUGCCAAGACUCCUUGACAGCGCCCAGGAGGCUGAGAGAGUUUCUUCAUCGGCUCUGGAAUUGUUUGAACCCUGCACCUCUCCUAGUUGGAAAGAAGAGGGGAGAAUCUAUGCUUGCAUGAAGGCUCAGUCAGUCUGUGAUCUGGUUCACGUCUACACACACAGCUCCCUGCAAACAUCCAUGCAGGGAUCGACAGCAUGGAGUUGAGGCUGAAUCCAGGAAUGUACAACACUCUCCUCUGCAUUGGGAUGGUCUAUUUAGGAGCUGGUGGUUUCCCGUCAGUGGUGGCUCUGGGUGCCAGCAUCAUUUGUAAUAAGAUGCCUGGCCUAGCCCCACGCCAGCGAGCCCUCUGCCAGAGUCGCCCAGAUGCCAUGAUUGUGAUUGGAGAGGGAGCACAGAUGGGGCUCGAUGAGUGUCAGCACCAGUUCAGGUACAACCGCUGGAACUGCACUUCGCUGGGCGAGAAGACAGUCUUCGGACAUGAGAUGAAAAUAGGCAGUAAAGAGACAGCCUUUGCGUACAGCAUCAUGGCGGCGGGAGUGGCCCACGCGGUCACACAGGCCUGUAGCCAGGGCAACCUGUCGGACUGUGGCUGUGACCGGGCCAAGCACGGUUACUACGACCAAGAGAAGGGGUGGAAAUGGGGCGGCUGCUCGGCUGACAUUGAGCAUGGCAUCGCCUUCUCCCGCCGCUUCCUCAAUGCCCGUGAGGUGAAGCGGCAUGCCCGAAGGCUCAUGAACCUGCACAACAAUGAGGUGGGAAGGAAGGUUUUGAAGGACCGCAUGCGAAUGGAGUGCAAGUGCCACGGGGUUUCGGGGUCGUGCACCAUCAAGACAUGUUGGGUGACCCUGCCCGCAUUCCGGGAGGUGGGCUUUGCCCUGAAGGACAAGUACGGGCAGGCAGUGCAGGUGGAGCCCAUGCUGGCAGGCCGGGGACACCAGCCCACCUUCCUGAAGGUACGGAUGACGCCCCACCUCAAGCCACUACCCACCGACCUGGUCUACAUUGACCGCUCGCCCGACUACUGUGAGAAGAACCCGGCCACAGGCAGCAUAGGUACACAGGGACGUCGCUGUGAGCGAGCUGGCACAGAGAAACCAGGCAGCUGUGAGGUCCUCUGCUGUGGGCGUGGGUACAGCACUUUCCAGUAUACCCGUACCUGGCAGUGUAACUGUAAGUUCCACUGGUGCUGUCAGGUCAUGUGCAGCCAGUGCAGUGAGAGGACUCAUGCCUACACCUGCAACUGAGGGACAGGGAUGACCAGGAGCAAUGGGAUCUCUCUUCUCCCAGGGAACCACAGAGUGGCUCACAAUUGCAGGACCCUUAUGAUUUCAUCCUGCCUUGGGCUGACAACCUCCUUUCCAGGUUAAGCACAGCCUUAUAAUGAGGUGCCGUCAGUUCGGAAUUGUAUAAAAGGAGUGUUUUGUUGCUGGUAUCAUUCCGCUGUUAAAAUUCAGCAACUGGGCUUUGAUUGUCUGUAAGUGCGAUUGGUCUCUGACUGCCCUCAAGUUACCUCUUUGUCAUGACAGAGGCUCUUGGGAGAGGAGACCAGGAUUCUGUCUGCACUAGGAUUCUGGACUGACCAUUCUGCUUUGGGUGAAAGCGAGGUCAGGCAGCAUCUGAGGAGCAGGAAAAGUGACGU